AUGCCGGGCUUCGCCUGCAAGUUCCUGGAGAAGCCCAAGCGGCGCCUGCUGUGCCCGCUGUGCGCCAAGGCCAUGCGCGAGCCCGUGCGCGUCUCCACCUGCGGCCACCGCUUCUGCGACACCUGCCUGCAGGAGUUCCUCAGCGAAGGAGUCUUCAAGUGUCCAGAGGACCAACUCCCCCUCGACUACGCCAAGAUCUAUCCGGACCCCGAGCUGGAGGCGCAGGUGCUGAGCCUGACCAUCCGGUGCAUACACAGCGAGGAGGGCUGCCGCUGGAUCGGGACCAUCCGGCACCUGCAGGCGCACCUGGGCUCCUGCAGCUUCAACGUGGUCUCCUGCCCCAACCGCUGCGGGUCCAAGCUGAGCCGCCGCGACCUGCCGCCCCACCUGCAGCACGACUGCCCCCAGCGCCACCUGAAAUGCGAGUUCUGCGGGGCCGACUUCACCGGGGAGGCCUUCGAGACCCACCAGGGCGCCUGCCCCCAGGAGAGCGUCUACUGUGAGAACAAGUGUGGUGCGCGCAUGAUGCGCCGGCUCCUGCCGCAGCACACGCUGACCGAGUGCCCCAAGCGCACGCAGCCCUGCAGCCACUGCGCCAAGGAGUUCCUCUUCGACACCAUCCAGAGCCACGAGCUCCAGUGCCCCCGCUACCCCGUGCCUUGCCCGAACCAGUGCGGGGUGCCCAGCGUCGCCCGGGAGGACCUCGGCGGGCACCUCAAGGAGAACUGCACCACGGCCCUGGCGCUCUGCCCCUUCAAGGAGGCCGGCUGCAAGCACCGGUGCCCGAAGCUCUCCAUGGGCCGGCACCUGGACGAGAGCACCAAGCUGCACCUGGGCCUGGUCUGCGGGCUGGUCUCCCGGCAGCGGCAGGAGCUGGCCGAGCUGCGCCGCGAGGUGGAGGAGCUGGCGGUGGGCAGCCAGGGCGUGCUGAUCUGGAAGAUCUCCGACUACGCCCGCAAGCUGCAGGAGGCCAAGGCCCGGGGCAACUACGAGUCCUUCAGCCCGCCCUUCUACACCCACCGCUACGGCUACAAGCUGCAGGCCUCCGCCUUCCUGAACGGCAACGGCAGCGGCGAGGGCACCCACCUCUCGCUCUACAUCCGCGUGCUGCCGGGCCAGUACGACAACCUGCUGGAGUGGCCCUUCGCCCACCGCGUCACCUUCUCGCUGCUGGACCAGAGCGACCCCUCGCUGUCCAAGCCCCAGCACAUCACGGAGACCUUCCUGCCCGACCCCAACUGGAAGAACUUCCAGAAGCCCGGUUCGGGCCACACGUCCCUGGACGAGAGCCUGCUGGGCUUCGGGUACCCCAAGUUCAUCUCGCACGAGGACAUCCGGAAGCGCAACUACGUGCGGGACAACGCGGUCUUCAUCAAGGCGUCCGUGGAGAUCCCGCAGAAGAUCCUGGCCUGAGCCGCCGGCGACGCGCCUCCCGGCCCCGGGACGCGUGCCGGGCCCCGCUCGCAGACCCCCGCCUCCCGUCAUGCCGGCCGGCCUCGCGUCUG